CAGUCAAGGCUCGGGUGUUCGGGAGUCUGGAGGAGCUGGGCAGGCAGCGAGCACUUCACAGCCUCCCGCGUACGUCCGACACUUUGCUCCCUCGCCAGUGGAGGUGAUGAUGGCGGCGGCUGUCGAGAGAGGAGGCUCCCGGGCCGUUUUCCUGAGCCCGAACAGCAGUACCGGUUGCAUACCGGCGCCGUCGACGCUCCCUGCCGGAGCCCUCGCCGGGGCUGUUGUGCUGGGCUCGGGCUCCGGCGGCAUGCCUGUCCCCAUGAACCUCUUUGCAACCUGGGAGAUAGACCGAUCAUCCCCAAACUGCGUCCCGAGGCUCUGUAGCCUCACUUUGAAAAAACUAGUCGUGCUCAAAGAACUGGACAAAGAACUGAACUCGCUGUCUAUUGCCGUCAAAAUCCAGGGUUCGAAGCGUCUUCUGCGAUCCAACGAGUAUGUCCUCCCACCCAGUGGACUCAUGGAGACAGAUCUGGAACUGACAUUCUCACUACAGUACCCCCAUUUUUUGAAGAGGGAUGCCAACAGACUACAAAUCAUGCUGCAAAGGAGGAAACGCUACAAGAAUCGAACCAUCCUGGGCUACAAGACUUUGGCUGUGGGAAUUAUCAAUAUGGCCGAGGUGAUGCAACACCCUACAGACGGAGGCCUGAUUCUUGGUCUCCAUAGCAACGUGAAAGAAGCGCCAGUGCGUGUGGCGGAGAUCAGUGUGUACUCUCUGUCCAGCCAGCCUAUCGACCACGAGGACGGUAGUGGCCAGGCUGGGCGAAAGACUAAAACCUCAGACCGCUCCCCAGACAUGGACAACUAUUCCGAAGAGGAUGAUGACAGUUAUUCAUCCGAGCAAGAAGCAAGCGAUGAUGCGGCUCAUGGCCAGGAUAUUUAUGAUGAAGACGACGAGCUUCGCAAGCCCAAAAAAGCCCGGAGGAAAAUGAUACGGACCACUUCCAUGACGAGGCAACCAAACUUCAAGCAAAAAUUUGUGGCCUUGUUGAAGAGGUUCAAGGUAACCGAUGAGGUCUUGGACUCUGACCCGGUAGACCAGACCCAGGAAGUAGAGGAAGAUUUGGACUUACUCUACGACAGUCUGGAGGUGUACAACCAGAGUGACAGCGGGCCCGAGAUGGAGGACAAUGAAAGUGUCUUGAGCACACCCAAGCCUAAGCUUAAGCCGUUUUUCGAGGGAAUGUCUCACUCCAGCUCCCAGACAGAGAUCGGAAGCAUACACAGCCAAAAAAGUCAACCGAGAGAGCUGUUAUAUGCUAGUGGAGACUUUCUCACCGUGGACAGAUGUAAAGCGCAAGGGGCCCGCUAUCAAGAGGACAGCAUCAUAGACACAACCAUUGGGGAGCCAGAGACCGAUGACAGCGGGCCAGGGCCAGGGGAGGUGAGCAGCUGGGACGUCAACACUGAACGGAUGACUAGCACUGUUGGCAAGCUUUGCAAGACCGAAUCCCAAAACCACAUGUCUCCAAGUAAAAUGGAGAACAGGCUACAGAGACGUCCACGCAGCACCUCCAUGAAAGACAGACAGAAUUCCAAGGCCCAAAGUGACCGCACCAGCAGUAUAGAUAGCGAGUGCUCCCCAGACUCAAGACUCAUAGCACAGGUCCCCAGGAAGUCUGUGUAUGACCAAUUGAACCAGAUCCUUAUCUCUGAUGAACGCUUGCCAGAGAGCAUCAUUCUCAUCAACACUCUGGAGUGGCAAGGACAGUAUGUCGCAGAGUUGCUCCAUGACCAAGCCCAGCCCAUUGUGUCCACCUGCUCAGCUGCAGAUGUCCAGGCUGCCUUCAACACCAUCGUUACUCGAAUCCAGAGAUUUUGUAAUUGCAAUGCACAGACUCCGCCCACAAUGAAAGUGGCAGUUGCAGGUGACCAAAGUUACCUGAGCACCAUCCUGAGGUUCUUUGUGGAGCAGCUGGCCAACAAGACCCCUGACUGGCUCAGUUACAUACGUUUCCUGGUCAUCCCUAUUGGCUCUCAUCCCUUGGCCAAGUACGUGGCCUCGUUUGACAGCAAGUUCAACAGUAUCUUUAUGGACACAGCAUGGAGGGAGCUGUUCUGCAGGACGGAACGGCCCGCUUCAGAUAACAUUGACGUCGCAGGGCGGGUUGUUCAGUAUCUGGCCGGUGCUAAUGUGUCCCACCAGUUUCCCAUCUCUGAAGCCAUGCUCACCUACAAACAGAAGAGGAAAAGAAGUUUGUAUUUUGAUUUUUACAUCAGCCCUGAUGAGGACUCCUGUCAGAAAUUUGUGCCAUUUAUUGGGGUUGUUAAAGUUGGAAUUGUGGAGCAAAGCCUCUCAACCUCAGUGGAUUCUGAUGAUGCAAUGGGGGCCAACACAAGCAUCCUGGCGUCCCCCACCCCCCCUUCGGCCGGUCCGUAUGGGAAGGAGAUCGGGGGAACACCUCCACAGUCGCCCUCUGUGUCCACUGCCCUUUCCGGAGCUGGUUCUCCGUGUUCUGGCAGUGAAGUGAUGGGCCUGCAGGUGGACUACUGGACGUGGCAAGGCCCCGAGAAGAAAAAAGAGGGCGAGAAGCGCGACGUGGGACUGAAAAACACGCUGAAGAGUAACUUCCGCUCACUCCAAGUCAGUCGCUUGCCCUGCGCGGGGGAUAUUACCCCUCCACCCAGCAUGGCAAUGACUGUUGUCACCAAGGAGAAGAACAAGAAAGUUAUUUUUCUCAGCAAGAAGCCGAAAGAGAAAGAGCUGGACUCCAAGAGCCAAGUGAUCGACGGAAUCAGCAGGUUGAUCUGCACUGCCAAGCACCAGCACACGAUGCUGAGAGUCACCAUCGACGGAGUGGAGUGGAACGACGUGAAGUUUUUCCAACUCGCUGCCCAGUGGCCAACUCACGUUAAGCACUUCCCGGUGGGAAUUUUUGGUUACACCAAACCCGUGUGACCUCGGCAACCAUCCGCUUGGAACCGCCAGACUCUUCUGCGCUGCACUUGUCUCAUCCAGAGACUCCACAGAAUUUGAGGGAAAGCCAACAGCAGUGAUAGUUUUCCUGUGGAAAUCUUACUGACUUCACAUCCAUGUGUUCAAUACACACAGACACACCCUUCAUGUUGUCCUUCUGGAGUUUUUGAUGUUGUUGGCUGUUGUUUGUUUGUUUUGUUUCUUUGUUUUGUUUUUUUUACACACUACAAAAAAAGAACAAGUACUAUUUUGUAAAGGUUGUGCUACCGCCUUGGAGGUCCUUUGACAAUUUGCCACAUUUUGACGAUGGCAGCUAUGUUUGCACUUUGUUUUGUUUUUUGUUAACAUGUUAUUAUUUCUGUGAAAUCCUACAUGUAUUGUUACUUUCUAGAAAAUGGAGUGCGAUGGUGAUGUGCAGUGUGGCGUGUGUGACAUUUUUGAGGCCGUGUGAGUCAUUGGAAUAUUGCUGUGAAUCUUGACAGAAACCCUCUCUUUUCGAGUUCGUCCUUUUCUUUUUUUUUCCCCCCAAAUUCUAACUACAACGAAGACUUGGCUUUAGUGUACUUUAAAGCAACAAAGACAACUCAUUUCGGUGUUCUGGAAGGUAGCUAUUGACUAACGCACAUUUUUAUCACUCAAAAGUUCAUCAAGUGAUCCCAGUUCUGAAGACUUGACACAAUUAUUUAAAAACAGGGUAUCAUAAGAUAAAAAAGAAUAAAUCCCUAUGAGCUAAAUGCCAAAAUUGAUUAUUCUAAGCCCUGAUACGUUUGUAAUUGUCAUUUACCCGACUGAUUUAUUUUUAUUCUCUUUGGGUGAACUGACAUCGCGCUGAUUAUGACACUUUGGCGUCGUGUUUAAUGCAAAUGUGCAUUGAUGUGCCAAAAUGAACUUUGUUGCUGUGUCCCACGAAGCUUUUGGCCUGCUUGAAGUGAAACUCCUACAUGCAAAUGUGGUAGAAAUCAGUAUUAGCAUGACUGGAUUGUUGGCAGUGAUCAAAUUGUGUUAUCAGUCACAAUAUUUGUAUGUCCUAAUCAAUUUUAAUACAGCAACACUGUGGCUGUAGAUGCACAUAAUUGUUGGUGCGAUUGGAAAACCCGCUUUGACAUUACCGCUAGGCGUGAUGCAAUUACAGUACAAUGAAAUGUCGAUGGAGUCUUGCCAGAUGUCCAAAUCACUGCCUGCUCGUGUGUGUGAAUAGGCGUGCCCUACGUUUUAUGGUACUCCCUAACUAUUGUUACGUGAAAUCUUCUUAACAGGAAUCCUAUGGACAAACUGCCUUUUGUGUGUUGUUUCUUUUUCUAGAGUGAAAAGCUUUUUUCUUUUUUUUAAGUACUGUAUAUAAAUAUAUAUAAAAUGUAUUAUUGUGACUUGCUUCCAACUAAGUAGAAAGCACAAAUGGCUUACCUUUAUUUCUUGACAAAAUGCCAAAUUCAGUAUGUUUCCACAGCUCAAGAAGUUGUUCUGUUCAAAACAACACUCUCCAACAUUUCCCUUAUUUUGUAAUGCACUUUUAUGUGGUUUAUUAUUGACACCCAAAUUGGGACAGUUUGGAUUUGAGGUGGGGUUUUUUUUCUUUUCAAAUGUAAACCACUACCUAUAGAUGAGAUAAGACUGGUUCCUGGUUAUCUCAAGUGUAUGUUUGAUUGCUUCAAGUUCCUUUGAGUGUCCUCAACACAUCACAUCUGUUACUUCCCCUUUUGCCACUUAUUUUGUAGCUGCCAUCUGCCUGCAGACUAUGCAGUCUGAUUUGGUCGUCUCCUGCGUUUUAAGAGGGGUCACCAUCUUGUCUUGGCUGGGACACCAACUGGCCCUUCGAUAA